UUAGGUUGCGCGUGUGUGCCAUGGACUCAGCCGCCCGGUGAUAUUGACAAUAGGAGAGAGAAAGGGGCAUUGACGGGGACCGAGCGCGGGUUAGCGAACGGCGGCUGUGGCAGCGGCGGCUCGGGCUCCAGCGGCUCCUCCUCCUCCUCGUCCCGACUCCUCAGCCUGCUCGCCGCUGCACAUCCCGGGUCUUCCUUCCUCCCUUCCCCCCCUUCCCCACGUCGCCGCCGCCGCCGCCGCCGGGUCCCGGUGCUUACGAGCAGAGGCGCCGCCCGCCGGGAAUGUGAACGAGGAGCCUCCGGCGGAGCCGCAACGGGGAUCGGUGCCGAUUUGAUGGGACGGGCCCGUGGGGGAGGAUCGUGAGGCCGCCACCGCCGGAGCGCUGAGGUUCGGGUCCGGCCGUGAGGCCUAGAAACACCGCCGCCGCGGAACCGGAGGGACGUCGCACCGGACAGUCGUCGCCCCGGGCUCCCCGCCGCUGCCCGGACCUCCCCCCUGCACGUCCUGGUCCCGCCGCCAGUCUCCCGCCCCUCGAAACCACAGAUCAUCUUCGGAUUCUUCCCCAGAAGCGUCAAGUAGGGAUAUGUCCUCAGCACCAACUACUCCUCCAUCAGUGGAUAAAGUAGACGGAUUUUCUCGGAAGUCCGUCAGAAAAGCCAGACAGAAGAGGUCGCAAAGUUCCUCACAGUUUAGGUCUCAAGGGAAGCCUAUUGAGUUAACACCUCUGCCGCUGCUAAAAGACGUUCCAACCUCAGAGCAGCCUGAACUGUUCCUAAAGAAACUUCAGCAGUGCUGUGUCAUUUUUGACUUCAUGGACACGCUAUCUGAUCUUAAAAUGAAAGAAUACAAGCGCUCCACUCUUAAUGAACUGGUGGACUACAUUACAAUAAGCAGAGGCUGUCUGACAGAGCAGACUUACCCUGAAGUAGUUAGAAUGGUAUCUUGCAAUAUAUUCAGAACUCUCCCUCCUAGUGACAGCAAUGAGUUUGAUCCAGAAGAAGAUGAACCUACACUUGAGGCAUCGUGGCCACAUUUACAGCUUGUAUAUGAAUUUUUCAUACGAUUUUUGGAAAGCCAAGAAUUCCAACCCAGCAUUGCCAAAAAAUAUAUAGAUCAGAAAUUUGUAUUACAGUUAUUGGAGCUUUUCGACAGUGAAGACCCUCGGGAACGGGACUACUUAAAAACAGUCUUACAUAGAAUUUAUGGCAAGUUUCUUGGUCUUAGAGCAUUUAUCCGAAAACAGAUUAACAAUAUUUUUCUAAGGUUUGUUUAUGAAACAGAACACUUCAACGGCGUAGCUGAGCUGCUGGAAAUCUUAGGAAGCAUUAUCAAUGGCUUCGCUCUGCCUCUUAAAGCAGAGCACAAGCAGUUCCUGGUGAAAGUGUUGAUCCCUUUGCACACCGUCAGGAGCCUGUCACUCUUCCAUGCCCAGUUGGCAUAUUGUAUAGUCCAGUUUCUGGAGAAAGAUCCUUCACUCACAGAACCAGUUAUUAGGGGGUUAAUGAAAUUUUGGCCUAAAACGUGCAGUCAAAAAGAGGUCAUGUUCCUUGGGGAGCUGGAAGAAAUUCUAGAUGUGAUUGAACCCUCACAAUUUGUUAAAAUUCAAGAACCCCUGUUUAAACAAAUUGCCAAGUGUGUGUCCAGCCCCCAUUUUCAGGUGGCAGAAAGGGCACUCUAUUAUUGGAAUAAUGAAUACAUCAUGAGUUUGAUAGAAGAAAACUCGAAUGUCAUCCUUCCCAUUAUGUUUUCCAGUCUUUAUAGGAUUUCAAAAGAACACUGGAAUCCGGCGAUUGUGGCGUUAGUGUACAACGUGUUGAAGGCAUUUAUGGAAAUGAACAGCACCAUGUUUGAUGAGCUGACAGCCACAUACAAGUCAGACCGUCAGCGUGAGAAAAAGAAAGAAAAAGAGCGUGAAGAAUUGUGGAAAAAGUUGGAGGAUCUGGAGCUCAAGAGAGGUCUUAGACGUGAUGGGAUAAUUCCAACUUAACAAAACUAUGGCAGCAACAUUACUAACCUGUGGAGUCACACAUUUAUGUAGUAGAAGAUGGAGCAACAGUUUUCUGUAUUGUGCAACUUUACAGUAGAUUUCACAUUUGUUUCAUUAUUACAACAGCACUGUAUAUACCUGUCUCUAAGUAAAGGAAAAAAAAAAAUAAGGACUUCAAUCCAAAGUUUGGACAGUAGAUGGACUUCUCAGAACUUUGCAAACAUAAUCAUUGUUCUAACCCUCUUUAAAAAAAAUGGUCUUCAGAGAUCUGUUGAUGAAAAUGCUAUGUUAAAUUCCAUUAUCAGGAGUUCCUUAUUUAUCACUAGCAGAGAGUCUGAUACAAUUUUCAAAUGUGAACAAUCUUAAAUUUAGCUUGUCUUUCUGCUAAGCUGUUAAAUGUAUUUAUAGUAAAGGGAGAAAAAAGACUGUCAUUUCCUUGUAAGUUUGUCUACCCUCCUCCUCUGGAGAACUUGACUGUAAUUGGACAUCUUUUCCUUUUGCACAUCUUAUGAGUCGAAUGUCCAUAUGGAACAGGGCCAUGAAUUAUAAUGGUCCCUGAUGAAAGUUUUGUCUACUGGGGUGAACAUCUUUCUAGUAACCAGGUUUUCCUGGAACUCCUUUAGUUUUUAAAAUUAGGAGUAAAACAAGGUGAUAAACAUAGUAGGGAAGGGGAUUUUGGGUUCAUGCAUCAGUUUGUGGUGAAUCCGAAUCAAUGUCUUGAAUCCUUUGAAACAGGCACUGGGCACCGCAGGCUUCAGAGCCUGACCAGUAUCUUCACGUACAUCAUGGUGCAUAUGCCCCAGAGAUGGGUUAGAAGUGUUAGGGAAACAUCCUUACAGACCACAUGAAAUAAGAAAGACAAACUAGACUAAACAAUACAACCAUGAAAUUGAUCGCCAGGAUUGCGAAUCUAAUUGGGAAAAGAGUUGAGCAAACAGCUUGGACUGUUUGGAGUUGUUGCCUUACUUUUUAAUAUGUAUUUAUAAAGUAUUCCAGCAAAAGAGGAUGUAGCCUCUGGGGAAAAACGAACAUGUUACAGUGUUUUUUGUAGAUCCUCCUUGUGUAUCCCAUCACAGUACCAGCCCUGUUGUUAGCCAGGAAGGAUUCAGGAUGAGCAUCAUGCAUUCUGAGCUGGAUGCAUAUUCCUAACUACUGUAUUUGUUACCAAAAGUGGUUCUACAAAUGCUACUGAAAAAAAAAAACAUCUGGAAAUUCCUAAUGUCCUGAGUAUUAAUAAUAAAGUUUAAAAAAUGCUUUUAUAUCAAAGGUGCAUUGUGACCAAAUUGUUUAAGAAAAAAAAUCUAGGGCCGUAUUCUAGAUGUAUCUCAUUGGCUCUCUACUCUGUAUUAAAAGAGGAGUCUUACAUAUUGGGCAGGUAAAUUGCUGAUGUGCUUGUAUACAGUAUGUACUUAGCCAGUGUGGUUGCAUUCCUAUGUACUAAAAAACGUGUUUGGGGAUCUGUUCUAAGAUGCUUUCUUCACUUGGUAGGGACAUAGCAGCAGUGAGUUGAUAACCCUAAAACAUCACUUUGGCAGUGUUUGUAGCAGGGAGCUGACUGUGUUCAUACGCUGUGAUAAUGGCCACAUGAAUACAUGAACUGUCAUUGCUUUUCAUAGAACUCCAGUACAAAUAUGGGCUUGUAUAUUUCCUUCCAUUUAAAUAUAAAGUACGAUAUGCAGUUUUAUUAUUUUCAAGAUAAAGGGAAAAAAUAACUGUGGCCUUUCUCCUCUGUGAAGCAUUUCCACAUUUUCAGAUCAUAGGAUGUACAUAAAAAUCAGCUAAUUAUGGAUAUUUUCAUCUAGGUAACUUUGUAAAAAAAAUGAUAUUGUUAAUUCCUAAAAAGAAACAGCAGUAAAGUAUAUGCCACACAAGAUA